AUGGGUCUCAUCAAGAAGGUGACCCACUGGUCAUAUGAUAAUUUGAUUGAUUAUCUUUCAGUGAAUCCUACCAGAGAUGAAGUGACCCAUUACAAGGUCGAUCCGCAUAAUGAAUCUGAUGAAUCAAUUAUGAAAUUACGUACUGUGAAAGAUUUUGGUAGUAUUACCUGCUUAGACUAUUCAGAAUCGGAAAUUGGUAUGAUUGGUGUAGGUGAAAAGAAUGGAUACUUGAGAAUUUUCAAUAUUUCUGGGCCAAAUUUUUCAUCCUUGACAAGCCAAGCGCUGGCAGGCUUGAACGCCAAUGACAGUUCUAUAUCGAACUCCGGCGGCAGUAAAGCAGUACAAUCAGAAAAUAUGAUUGGCUCUGUGUCAAAUGCAAAGGAUACCCAAGGGUAUACUGAAUCAGAUACUAAUUAUGAUAUACGUGUACGAGCCAAAAAGCAACGGUGUAUAAAUUCUCUGGGAAUAAAUACGAAUGGACUCAUAGCAGUGGGACUCGACCGAAAUAAACAUGAUUCAUCGUUACAAAUUUGGGAUAUGAAUUUUCAUGACGAAUCACAUGAAACUAUUAACCCGAUGUUCAGUUAUUGCACAAACGAAAGUAUAGUUUCUCUGAAAUUCCUUAAUGAUACAAGUAUAUUGGCUGCAAGUACAAAAUUCUUAAAGGAGAUCGAUGUUAGGUCCCCAAACCCAAUUUUUCAACAUCCGACACGAUUGACGUAUGAUAUCAAACGAAAUCCGUUUAAUGAUUGGCAAUUUAGUACUUACGGGGAUGACGGGACGUUGGCUAUCUGGGAUAGAAGAAAGUUGUCUGACCAAGCCUCACUCGGCGAUUUGAAUAUAGCCUCCCCUCUUUUAACAUUUGAAAAGUUGGUUGGAUCUGGUGCAGCUUCAAGGAAAUACAUGAACUCUUGUUUUAGAUGGUCAUGUGUAAGAAAUAAUGAAUUUGCAACUUUACAUAGAGGUGAUACCAUUAAAAGAUGGAGAUUAGGAUAUUUUACUGAUGAAAAUUGUGGUAUUGAGGGCGAUGACAAUAUCGAAAUGAAUAUUGAAAAUUUAUUUGUUUCUUCCGUGCAUGAUACAAAUACGAUGUACGAUAGAGUCGCGACAUUUGAUUAUAUUCCAAGAGGUAACCAUGGAACCAGUCUAAUCUGUAUGAGACAAUCAGGAACAAUAUACAGAAUGCCAAUUGCAGAAAUAUGUUCCAAGGCUAUUAUCAAUAAUAAAAACUCUCUCCUGUUGUCAAAUUUUGAAAAUGCUGAGAUAGAUGAAAUCAGAGUCAACAAUGAGCAUGAAAAAUCCAAUCUGGAGAAUGUAAAAACAGUCCUGAAAAAUCUAUCAUUUGAAGAUUUAGACGUUAGCGACGAUUAUUUUCCGUCGGAACACAACGAGCCUAAUAAUGAAAUCGAAUAUGCUGAACUAAGUGAAGAGGAAAAUGAAGAUGGUAAUGAUGUUCUUGACAGUAAGCGCGGAUUUGAAUUGUUUUGGAAGCCCGAAAAACUUUUAGAAAAAGAUAUAAGUGUAAUAAUGAGGACAAGAGCUUCGCUGGGAUACGGCCUGGACCCAAUGAAUACGGUGGAGAUGAUUGAUUCUUCCAAAAACUUACAAAAUAAUGCUUACAUAAGGAACACAUGGAGAUGGAUUGCAAUUGCAAAGGCCUCUGUUGACGAUGGUACAAUGGUUGCUGGUGAUCUUGACCUAGGCUAUGAAGGAGUGAUCGGUAUUUGGAAUGGUAUAAACGGAAUAUCUAAUCAGGACAGAUAUAGGCAGGAAACAAUUCUUUCUGACAAACAACUGAAUAAAGAAAUGGAAAAAAUCAUAAAAUUAAGAAGAAAAAAUAGAGAUCGGAAUACUUCUAUUGCCAACGUUGCUGAUUCGCCGAAGUAUGUGCAGAGAAGGCUCUGUCUAAUUAUUUCGGGAUGGGAUCUUUCCAGGUCCGAUUAUGAAGACAAAUACAACAUAAUUAUGAAGAACGGUCAUUACGAAAAAGCUGCUGCUUGGGCAGUAUUUUUUGGUGAUAUUCCCAAAGCUGUAGAAAUUCUAGGAUCUGCAAAAAAGGAAAGGUUGCGAUUAAUUGCUACCGCAAUUGCAGGUUAUUUGGCAUACAAAGAUCAGCCAGGUAAUAACACAUGGAGGCAGCAAUGCAGAAAAAUGUCCUCCGAAUUAGAUGAUCCCUAUUUGAGAGUUAUUUUCGCUUUUAUUGCAGAUAAUGAUUGGUGGGAUAUUCUUUACGAGCCCGCCAUAUCUUUAAGAGAAAGGCUAGGUGUGGCUUUAAGAUUUCUAAAUGAUACGGAUUUAACCACCUUCCUAGAGAGAACUUCGUCUACCGUUAUUGAGAAUGGCGAAUUGGAAGGUUUAAUUCUCACCGGAAUAACCCCAAACGGUAUCGAUCUGCUACAGUCUUACGUUAAUAAAACGAGCGAUGUUCAAAGUGCUGCGUUAAUCUCAAUUUUUGGCUCACCAAGGUACUUCCGCGAUCAGAGAGUUGAUGAAUGGAUACAAACAUAUAGAGAUAUGCUUAAAUCUUGGGAAUUAUUCUCCAUGCGGGCUAGGUUCGAUGUUUUAAGAUCAUCAUUAUCGAGAACUAAAACUGGAGUAUUGACCGCAGAUAUAAAGCCUCGCCAGAUAUACAUUCAAUGUCAGAACUGUAAGCAGAACAUCAACAUUCCACGCACAUCCCCGCCUUCGAGCGCCGUCUCAACUAGCGCCAGCAAUUAUAAAAACGGUGAAACAUAUAGAAGGACUAACAGUGACUACAAAAAAUUUAAUAUUGGGAGCUCUGAAACGCAGACACCUGAAGAAAGGCCAAGACAUAAGUACUGUUGUCCACACUGUGGAUCUUCUUUCCCAAGAUGUGCCAUAUGCCUCAUGCCUUUAGGAACAUCGAACCUACCAUUUAUGAUAAACGGGACUCAACCAAGCGAUCCGAUACGGCCAGAAGAUUCUCAAGAUAAUACGAAUCACGAACUCGUAAACAGAAAAUUGAAGUUGAACGAAUGGUUCAGCUUCUGCUUAAGUUGCAAUCAUGGUAUGCAUGCAGGACACGCUGAAGAAUGGUUCGAUAAACAUAACGUCUGUCCCACUCCAGGUUGUACCUGCCGAUGCAACAAAUAA